AUGAAAUUCGAUGGGGCUUUAAAGCCCCGCCACGGAGCCUCCAUCGAAGGAAGCUCCCCUGGUGCUGGACAAUUACGAAAGUAUCGCGAUAAACAAUAUCCCAAAUAUAUUUGCGGCAAUGUUCGUAGCGAGUGUUUGUCCGAGCAACAGCAGCGAAACCAGCGCCAUCACCUCCGCUACAUCGAACACAACGAAGGUGGCGUGAACAGUAAACAAAUCAACACGACUUCCAUCAGCAGCAAGGAUUGUAGAUGUAAGCACGUAUACUUAAGAGAACAGCGAAAACAACAACAACAACAGCCUAGCAAGUACCAUGAUGACGCUAAACCAAGAUUAGGGAGUCAGGGAGCAGCAAUGAUGCCCGAGAAUAUACGGCAGCCAAUUGCAAAUACAUGCAGGAUUGUAUCGAUCAACGUGUCACCAGAAAAUCCGUUAAUAAAUUGUGGCAAUAGGGAUACCGUAGCUUGGCGACAGGUCAUCGGAGGCUCGGGUGGAAGCGUAUGUCACGUAACAGACGCCGUUACUAUACCAAAGCAAAAGCAACAACUUACAAUCACAACACGUCAACAAAAACAACCACAACACGGCAACAAGAGCAGCUACAAACAAACAACCAAUUCACGUAACAACGAAAACACGAAGCGUCCCGACAACAAGUUAGAGGUUCAUUCGAAACUCCUGGAAAUCUUCGACUGGCGUCCACUGCCCUCCGCAUCUGUUCUAGUUUCCCGAUUAUUUGAACAAAUUGCCUUAUUGCUGUUCUGCUUCACAUUCUUAAUGCCCUCGACCGGAAACACAGUUACUGGUGGUAACGGCGGUGGUAUUCGGAACGGAUGUUUCGUUUCUCGUGCCACGAACUCAAAUAGAAUAGCGAGAAUUAUGCGUACCUUACAAUCGUUUAUGGCCUCAUUGAAGCGCAUUUGUUCUAAAAAUGCGUUCCAAACACGUUUACCGCUCACUACCACGGGAACAUCAUGUAACACCAAUGGCGCCCUUACCUACCUACUGCUAUGCAGUGUCGCGGCAACAGUUCUGCUACCGCAACAGGCUCUCGCAGACGAUGGCGAUAAUUUCUUUUCGCCCAAUGGCAUUGUCAUCGGUGAAACAACAACUGAAUUCGAUUAUGCUAGUCGCGGCCAAAAGAAGUUCGGCGAUAAAUGUGAUAAUACACUGGAGUGCGGAUUUCCUGGUUCCAUCUGUGAUACUAAAAAGAAAUCAUGCCAAUGCACAGAAGACCUGCCCGUUACCAAUCAUUUUGACAAAUGUGGAAAAGAGGCAGCAGUCAAUGAAUCGUGCUUUUUCAAUGAACAAUGUGAAGUGAAAUAUUUUCAAACCGAAUGUCGAGAUGGACGCUGUGUAUGCCGAUUCGAUAUGACACCAGUGUGGCUAAAAGAUGGUUCCGUUGAGUGUAAAGGCCGACAAGAUAAGAAAGGUCCCGAAACUUAUAUAGAUCCAGCUAUGAUUGGUGUUCUAAUUGGCAUGGCUCUAAUGUUUAUCAUUAUUUGUGUGGUGCUUCGUCUAUUUAGCCAGGCUCGAUGGCGCGAAAAUCGGACUAUUUUCAAUACUCCAAAUCCACGCCUCAUGAACGUGUCAUUGCUGCGGGAGAGCAAAUUGCUACAUGGCCAGGAGCGGAGAGGUUCGCGUAUGUCUGUUAGAGCACCGUCACGACAACCAAGUAUGGCUUCUUUACGUCCACACUCACCAAACCCAUCGUUAGGACGAAUGACACGUUCCAAGAGCAAUACUCGUUCCAGCGAUUCACGUGUUAGUGAUGCUUCAAAUUGCUCACGCUUGCUUGAGCACAGUCACACAGCCAACACACAUCAUCAUUUCGCGCACACCCAUCCGAACUCUUCAAGUAUAACAAUUGCUGCUACGUCACACACCAGCGGCAUACACAGUGCCAGUGUGUCCCCACACUCAUCGAAUGCUAUAUCGCCGACACCAACACCAACACUGACCACCAAUAUAGCCUAUGCCAGUCAGAGUCCAACGACUGGCACAGCCUGUAGCACAAAUAUAAAGCCACCGCCGUCUACGGGCAACAUGAAACCGAAUAAAUAUUGAAAGUCA